UUGAAAUAUUAUCAAAUGGCUUGUCUUGUAUUCACGCGAGAAGUGGCGAGAACUUAAAAUGACCCACGCUUGAAGAAAAAGGGAAAAGAGCAGCACCGACACACAAUGAGUAGAGAGCGAGAGCGCGCCCGUGGACCACCUGUGAGAGAUGAGAGGACAAUCACAAAUUCUGAUGACCCAAAACUUUUGUACAGCCGGGUUUUUAUAGGGAACUUGCCCACAGAUAAAAUGACAGAGGGGGAACUGGAAACCAUGUUUAAAAAAUAUGGAAAAGUAUUGGGCACAUCUUUACACAAAGGUUAUGGCUUUGUUCAGUAUGGCAAAGAGGAAGAAGCCAGGGAAGCUGUUAGACUAGAAAAUGGGGGUCUAUACAAAGGAUUUAGAAUAGAUGUGAAGAUAGCCUCAGAAGGCAGAAGUCAGAGGGGGGGACCACGAAGGGAAAGAGACAUUUCAGCAGGAAGAGGGUUGGCUCCCAGAGACAGAUCACCACUGAGAGACCCCUAUGAAGACCGUCUCAGGGACCCACUAAGAGACCCAUACAGACGAGAUGAUCCCUAUGCUCGCGACCCCUACCUAGAUGACCCUUAUGGCCCUCCGCCCAGACGCCCCCCUCCCCUGGAUGACCCCUACCUGGACAGAUAUGCCAGAGAUGACCCCUACAGGCGACCACCCCCCUUUGAUGAUGGGAGGGACCCCUACCGGGACCCCUAUUACCCCCCUCCCCCUGUGGGGGCACCUGAGGCUGAGAGACCCCCCUUUGACUGUUGUAUUCUCAUGAAAUCUCCACAACAGAGAGCUUACGGAGAUAUGAUAACCCGCCGCUUGAAGACGUUCAGCGUGCUGACAGACAUGCGCGAGAUCCCAGAAGGCACCACUCCUCAGAUCAUGAUCGAUGAUUUGGUGCGCAGGGGCAUCCUGUACGCCAUCAUCAUUAACAGUCAGAACGAAGUCCAUCGGUCUCUGACACUGAACAUCCUGCACGGUACUCCCCAAGAGCACAGAAAUAUGCCGCUUGAUGAUGCCAUGAGUCUUGUCGCGCGCAACUACGAGCAGUAUCUGAAAGAAUUGAGGGCCAAGGCACCAGUGCCACCCCCCAAGGUGGAUUUUACACCUCCAGACCCAAGUAUUGCCUAUCUGCUUAAUCUUAUGGCAGAUGGCCGCCAGUUAACACUGGAAGAAUUGGAGAAGGUCCUGAAAUAUGUGAAGGAGAGGCGCGACCAAAUGCUGCCUAAACGAGGUGCGAGCAAUGGUGUGAGUGCAGGAGGGGGAGCAGGAGAAACAGGAGCUCUACGCGAUGAGAAAUCUCUGCUCCAACAACAAGCUCAGCUCCAGGCCAAGAUCCUCAGCAUUCUGAACCCCAACAGUGGUGUCCCGUCGUCCCAGGGGGUCGGGAUGGCCGCCCAGGAGCCACAGGUCCCGCAGCAGCAGUCGGCUCAAGCAGGAGGGGUAGGGCUGAACCUGGACAACCCCAGUAUACAGAAGGCCCUGGACAGUCUGAUUCAAAGCGGACCCAACCUGCUGAAGAAUAUCACCUCAAUCUCAACAGGGGGCAGCACCAGUGGGCAGAGUACCAUGUCGCAGGCCGGGUAUGGCGGAGGAGGUCAGGCAAGGGCCAUGGGGGGUUACGGAGGUCAGCAGCAGGGGUAUGGCGGCGCCUCUGGGUAUGGUGCCGCACAGCAAGGAUACGGCGCACAGGCUCAGCAAGGUUACGGCGCACAGGGACAGCAGGGAUAUGGCGGCGGAGGAGGCGGACCAGCUGGGUUGCUAGGAGACCGCCCUGCUGCUCAGAUGCAGCAGCAACAGCGAAUGGGGAUGGGAGGUCAGGGAGGUCGACCCCGCCCCCUCAUGUGAUUGACACAACCCAUCUGCUGAAUACCUUGUAUAGUCUACAAACUAAUGGAGUAUGUUUAAUAUUUGGGACUGUAUUAAAAUCUUAACAAAGCAAGAUGUGUCAUGGUUUCUUGGGCAGAUACAUAUUUUCGUAGAAAGAACUGUAGAUAAGUAUGUUUAGCGUAGUGCAGGAACAACAAUAAUGCCAAGGCAAUAAAGCUGUUUAUAAAUUCUCAUUGCGGAGAAAGUAUUGUACAUACUAGUAAGAGACUGCCCUGUAAAGAACCAUGGAGGUCAGACAUGUUAUCACUAUGUUAUUUUGUAUUUUAAAGAACUUUUUAAAUGAUGAUAGUUGACAUGGAUGAUUGUUGACACUCUGCGGGGGAUCAGUCUUGAUGACGUUGAUGUUAUCCCUGUGAAAUGUUUACUUAAAUUUGCAUUGUUUAGCAGAAUAGGUUCUAGAAAUCCAAUUUUGUUAUUACAAUCAUGUUACAUUUUAAAUGUGUUACUUAGGUAUCUUUCAAGAUGUUUUUAUAAACUCCUUCAUUGUAGAUUGUAUGUUUUAGUGUAAUAAAAAAUCAGAUAUGAAUUUUAU